AUGGCACUCCCAGAAUGGAAAGCAGCUCUAUCCAUGUCUCAGCGCUAUGAGACAAUUCAAAAGAUCCAAGACUCCCUCUCGGCUUCCAGCAUGAGCGAAGCCAUCGCCAUUGAACAGGCUGCCUACCAAAUCUCUUCUACUCAGGAAGAGUAUAAUCUCGCCUGUCAACCGACAUCAACUCCUACACCCCCGCUGUCACAGGAAGUAGAGAGUGAGAUCGACUCUGGCAUUAGGAUUGGGUCGUACAAAAACUGUCGACCCGUGUCAGAAGGUGUCACUUCAGAGGUUUACCGUUCAGGCGACAAAGCUCUCAAAGUUAUUGUCACGUACCAGGAUAUCGAGCCUCAUAAUCCUCAGCGCGAGGCAAAGAUUCUCAAGACGCUGCGAUCACCAUGUAUCCCUCUUCUCGAGACCUUUCGCGACCAGGAACAGCGAUUUGUUCUCGUCUUUCCUUUUAUGACAUACACUCUAGCCGAUGUACUCGCCCAAGGACCUCUACCUCUAGACUCUGUGCGGUCAAUCUUUCGGGACAUCCUGCAAGGUCUAAAGGAUAUACACACUCAAAGCAUCAUACAUCGAGACAUCAAGCCAUCAGCCAUCCUCCUCUCUUCUCCCACAGGCCCAGCAUAUCUCUCCGACUUUGGCACAGCGUGGCAUCCCGAGCUAUCAAUACACUCAGAGCCAGCCAACGACAAGAUUCUCGACAUUGGAACUGGUCCCUACCGCGCAAUCGAUGUGCUCUUUGGCCACAAAUCCUAUGGACCUGAAGUCGACAUGUGGGGGUUAGGAGUCAUGCUCUCAGAAGUUCUUCGCGAUCCCCCUACCCCCAUAUUCGAGUCCCGUGCCGUUCACGAAGAUGGUAACCAGUUGGGUCUCAUUCUCAGCAUCUUCAAAACCAUCGGAACACCUACUCCCGAGACAUGGCCUGAAGCAAAGCAGUUCAAGGUCGCUCCCUUUGAGCUCUGGACCAGCUUCCCCGGUCAAAACUGGGAGGAGCUUCUGCCCAACGUGCAUCCCGACUUUACAGAUCUCGUGUCGUCGCUUGUGCGAUAUGAUAGCCAGCGACUUACUUCCACACAGGCAAGGAAAGAAACUGACAUACCCGCUGGCCCUGGCCCCGACGAUUCCAGUGAUUCCAGUGAUUCCAGUGAUUCGUAUAAGCCCUACAUCCUUGCUGCUACUAUUCCCCCCGUCGGUUAUGCACUACACGCUAAUCUCAGAGAUACUCGUGUCAGAAAUACUGAUGUCGAAGAUAAUCAUGCCAAAGAUACACGUGUCAAAGAUACUCAUGUCAAAACCACCGAUGACGAUUUUGCCGUUUGCUUCAAAGAUGAUAUCGAUGACUUUGAUGUCGACUGGAACGUAGUCCACAGACGAUAUAUACAUACACCGGACUACGAAGUAGAUAACGACAUUUUGACAGGCAAACGCGUCGAUGGUAUCAACAGCCGUGAUCCCGUCCAAUCUAUCCAUGUCGACACCGGCAUACCGUUGUACCGACGAAGAGACCACUGGCGGAGAUGGUCUGCUCCAGGCUCAUUCAUCCCAGACUGGAGCCACAGGCGACAUGUUAUCCGUCCGCAUUCUCCCCCGUCGGAAAACGGCGAUGACCAUUGUCAUCGAUGCUGCCAGACGUUCUUUCACCCAUAUCACUUGUCUCGUCAUCUCCAAAACCAUUGCCCUGCCGUAACAGUCGACAGUUGCCCACGCGAACUCCUCCUCGACAACACUCUUCCUGACACCCUACGGUUCGAGAAUCCACAGCUCCUCCCCAAUUCGGUUCGAGGCGAGCUUCAGGAAUGGGUAAGGUCACUUUAUGCUCGUCGUUUGCAAGACGUGGAUCAGACUGGAGCGGUGGUUGACAGGUUGGAUUCCGAACUCUCCCUCGGCCACACUAUUCCUGCCAAUCGAUCGUUCACGAAUCCACAACUUCUUCCCAAUUUGGUUCGAGGCGAGUUUGAGAGUUGGAUAAUGUCAUUUUAUCCUCGUCCUAUGCAAGGCGUGGAUCGGACUGGAGCGGUUGAAAAGUUGGCUUCUGACGACGAGGGCGACAGCAGUGUAGAACUUGAUGAGCAGAUGAAGGAAUGGUUGUCAAUCGACCCUAACAUCGAUGAGGAGGAUAUCGCUACAUAUGCGCCAAACGACAUGAGUGGUGGCGAGAUGAUUUCAUGGAUGCCAGAUGACAGUAGUGAUGGCGAGAUGGCUACAGAUGCGCCAAAAGACAGCAGUGGUGGCGAGACUACAGAGGUGCCAAACUACAGCAGUAAUGAAGAGAUGGCUACAGAUGCGCCAAACGACAGCACUGAUCAAGAGAUGGCGACAGAAGUGCCAAACGACAGCACUGAUCAAGAGAUGGCGACAGAGGUGCCAAACGACAGCACUGAUAAAGAGAUGGGCGGAGUGAAUAUGAAGAUGUAG